AACCUGUUAGUGCCCAUGUUCCCACCUUUGGCUUCACGCUGGAGGGGGUGUGGUGAUGCCAAUAGCCCUGGGAAGAGCAGUCCAGUUUGGAGUGAGGGAGAUAUGCCCCUUCCCAGCAAUUUCGCAGCCAUGAAUCUGUAUGUCAACUGCUCUGGCCCCGAGUUCCUCCUGCCCCAGCGAGACUUUCCUGUGGAGCCCAUCAGCCCCGAUCUCUGCAACAGGACUCACCCAGAGACCUUGCUGGACCCCAAGGAUGCCAACCUGACAGAGGAGCAGCUGCGGGAUAAGUACCUGGGACCUCGGCGGUCCAGCUUCUUUGUCCCUGUCUGUGUCAUCUACCUCCUGAUCUUUGUGGUGGGGGCUGUGGGCAACACGCUCACCUGCAUCGUCAUCCUCCGGCACCGGUUCAUGAGGACACCUACCAACUACUACUUGUUCAGCCUGGCUGUGUCUGACCUGCUGGUGCUGUUGCUGGGGAUGCCGCUGGAGCUGUACGACAUGUGGAGCAACUACCCCUUCCUGCUGGGCACCAGCGGCUGCUAUUUCAAGACGCUGCUCUUUGAGGCCGUUUGCUUCGCCUCCAUCCUCAAUGUCACGGCCCUGAGCGUGGAGCGCUACAUUGCCGUGGUGCACCCCCUCAAGGCCAAGUACGUGGUGACCAGGAACCACGCCAAGAGGGUCAUUGUCAUCAUCUGGGUCUUGUCGGUCAUCUGCUCCAUCCCCAACACCAGCCUCCAUGGGCUGCAGCCUCUCUAUGUGCCUGGCCGGGGGCGGGUGCCUGAUUCAGAGAUCUGUACCCUGGUGAAGCCACGCUUGACUUACAACCUCAUCAUCCAGAUCACCACCAUUGUCUUCUUCUUCCUGCCCAUGGGGACCAUCAGCAUUCUCUACCUGCUCAUUGGCCUGCAGCUCAAGAAAGAAAAGAUGCUGGAGGCCUUGGGAACCAAGUCUGGCGGCCGCGACUGCCACAAUGUCAAAGGGCAGAAGAAAGUCAAGAGGAGGCAGGUCACGAAGAUGCUGUUCAUGCUGGUGGUGGUGUUCGGAAUCUGCUGGGCCCCCUUCCACACUGACCGCCUUGUCUGGAGCUUCAUCUCCACCUGGACCAGCCACAUGCUCCACAUGUUCCAGUACGUCCACAUCAUCUCAGGUGUCUUCUUCUACUUGAGCUCGGCCACCAACCCCAUCCUCUACAACUUGAUGUCCACCCGCUUCCGGGAGAUGUUCAAGGAGGUGAUGUGCCACCCUGGCCACCGCCCGCCGCAGUCACGGAAAUACUCGCCCAGCGUCACUCGUGCCACCACUCGCAGCACAGAGUGUGAGCCCAUGCCCGGCACCAACGGGCUGCCCCACUCCGACGCUGAGGAGUACGAGCUGGAGGAGGUGGAGGGGGGCCAGGCCACCACCUACGCAACGUCCCUCUGCUGAAGAGCGGGAGGACGUGGAGGGACUGGGACCACCUUUCCCCACCACCAGCAUCCAUCUCACCAUGGCACCCAUCCCAUCGUGGGGAGCGGGGCAGGAGCGAUGGAGGGCUCCCUGCCUCUCUGUGCCAUCCCGCUGGGAUGCAAAGGCUGAUUUUCUUGGCUGCUCCGGGGGCACAGAGGUGUGGCCAUGCUGUACCCUGGAUGUGUUGCACCCACUGUGCUCAGCACAGGGACUGGCCAAGGCCAGAGCAUCCCUCGUGGUGCGGGGACAGCUGGCUUCUACGUCAGGGAUGUUCCAGCCAUCCCCCAAAAUAUCCCAUCCCUCCCAGCCCAGUGGGGUGAGCCUGUGGGUACAGGUGCCGGGAGUGUCAGACGCUCUGAGCUGUUUCAGGACACCGUGCUGGAUGGGUCUCC